UACAGACUGUUAGACCCGGAAGUUAACAAUAAUUUUACCAAAAUGUCUUCCGGACAGCAGCCAAAUGCAAUCCAAAAACCAAUUCAGCAAGACUGGGCGAAUAGAGAAUAUAUUGAAGUGAUAACUUGUAGCAUUAAGAAGAUAGCUGACUUUCUUAACUCAUUUGAUACCUCGUGUAGAUCACGCCUGGCAACACUGAAUGAAAAAUUGACACAACUUGAGAGACGAGUAGAAUAUAUAGAAGCUAGGAUUACUACAGGACAGACAUUGGACUGAGUGAUUGAUUGAUGGAAGAAAGGAUUGGCAAUAAAUUGGUAUUUUAGUAUGAAGAUGUGUAUGGCUAGCCAAUAUUGUGUAAACUUGGUAUAAAUGUUUAACAUGUUGACAGCCUGGAUGCUUAUAGGAGACUGUCAUAACACCUAGAUCACACAGUAUUUUGUUGUUACUGCCAAGUACAAGACUGUCUCUUAAAUACCUGAAAAUAUGUGCUGAAUGAACACUGCAGUAUUAUUGGAAAGAAUGGAAAUUGGAAUAAAUGGAACUUUUAAUUAAUUACAUUAAUUGAGUGAUUACUUUUAUAAGAUGCCAUCCAGACCUUGCAACAUAAUGAAUAAUAGAAGGUCUAUUUUGAAUACAGAGUCGCAUGAUAUCAAAUGGACUAUUCAAGUUUUAAAAUACUUCAUGCAUUAUAAAAGAUUAACAUAGGACAUUUUGAUAUUUAUUAACUUGUUAUUAACACAAUCAAGACAUGUUUACGAAAAUGGCUAUUAGUGUGUGUAUGUGUAUUAAGUAUCAUAGGUUAAUGAAUGAGUGAUUUAAUGCUUUACAUAUUUUAUGCAUAGAGGUAUGAUCUGAACAUUCGUUUUAAUUCAUAUUUUAAGCUCAUCUAAUCACAAAGUGCUCAGAGAUGAUUUUUUAUGCUAGCAAUGUGUCAGCAAUUUCUUUAAACAACAUCUCCUAAACUACAAACUAAAAAUCAUAUUCUCGGAAACUUCAAUGCCAAGAGUACAGAUAUUUGUCUUGUACUUAACAAUGUAGUCCUCUUCAAAAGUUUUUUUAAUAUGCUUUGGUGGUAAAAAAUGACAAAUCAAAUGUAAUGAAAUUACAAUGCACUUAAUCUGCAUUGAAAACUUUUGACCAUUUCUUGUAUUUUCAUACAAGCAUGGCCCUCUUUUUUAUUUUUGACUUUUGUUUUUUUUAAGAUGAAUCAUUUGAAGAUAGUUAAGAUCUGUCUACCAAAGAAACAUUGUUCUUUGAGUGAUAAAAACUACUAGAAUUCAUGAUCAUUCUAAGCAACAAACUUGAUAUCUACUGAUAAAAAUAAAUAUCCAAUCUUUGUAAAUGUAUUCAGAUCUUAUUUUUUUAAUUCUCCACAAAGUGGUUAUCUCCCCAUAUACAGUACUGUAAAGGGAGAGCACUGUUUGGAGAUUGUCCAAUUAACAAAAAUCACAAAAUGAAGUUACUUCCCUUAAUUGAGUUAUUACAAGCUUUUGUGAAUACGUUUUUCUUUCUAUCUAAAUUGAUAAUUAUUAUCUAAAUUGAACAGAACAAUUAGAAUACAUGGCUAGCUUUAUAAUCAAUGCUUUGUAAAAUAUAUCCCAAUUAAUUGAACUUUUCAUAUUGAUCUUGCACUCACACACUUAAUUCAACUGUCACUGUAUCUUUUGUACUAGUGGUAAUAUUAGAUGAACGAUACUGGUAAUUUUACACCUUAGAGCUGAAGGUGAACAAAGUGGCCUGUGUUUGAAGGAUUUAAAACACCUGUAUUUUCCUACACCUUUAUGAGUUUGGAUAUAUAGUUUUUAUUAUGAGAGUACCAGCUUUGUUAUGUAAAAAUAAACUUUCUGUUUUUAAUUCUCUGUUAUGAAAAUAGCAAAAAUUUGUUAUGAGUAUAGCAGCUCUUUGUUAUGACAAAGGUAACUCUUGUUUUGAGAAAUACAGCUAUUUGUUAUGAGAGAAGUUUUCCUGUCAGAAAUGAUAGAAGUAGUACAUAAUCCUUAAGUCAUUUUAUUUUACUUGACAAAAUUUAGUAAGAGAAUGGAAAAGAAGAUGGAAAGCAAAAUAUUUCUUUUGUGUGAUGGUGUAUGGUUAACAUUGUUUAUAUGAAUUCAGAUUUUGGUGUUCAUUAAAAUUUUAUGUAAAAGUGGUUGCCAAGGUUUGCAGGGAGGUAUUUGUUUAAGUUUAAGGAAUACUUGCUACCAAGUGUUAGUACAUAUGUACUUACUUUUAAACUUGCAUGCUGGUCUAAUACUGGUGUAUUGAAAUAGAGAUGUUCAGUCUUGCUGUUAUUUCAUUUACAUGAUUGUAUUUUGUCAAGUGAUAGAAUUCAAAUAUAUUGAUGUAUAAAACAUAUUUUUUCCCCACAUAAUGCAUUCAGUUAAUCAUUUCAUGCAUUUAAUUAAUGUAUUUGUUCCUAGUAAACAAAAAAAGGUUACAACAAAGUUGUUUUUUUCUUCUUCUUAAAAUUGAGCUAAUUAGUAUUUUGUCAUUAUAAACAUGUAGUAAAUUAGAUUUCACAAAUCAGAUGUUAUGAAAAUAAUUUACACUUGACAUCUUUGAUUCAAAGCCUUAGGAAAUUGUUGUUUUUUUUUCCAUGUUAAUCAGGCCAAAAGGUAAUUAAAAGGUAUUAAUAUUUCCUUAAGACAUAUUGCGACUUGUCCUUAUCAAAUUAAUCUGUGGAGAAUUUCCUUCACAAGUUGUUUAACCAAAGUGAUUAACUCUAGAAGAUUUGUUUAAUCUGAAAUACCUUUGUAUUGUUAAAAAUGAAAUGAGCCGUGUCAUGACAAAACCAACAUAGUGCGUUUGCGACCA